AUGGCAACGGAGACAUUAUCUGUGAGCACGUUGACUGCCAAAAUGAUCCGCCGACCCUCCGCUUUCCAUCUCAAUGGAAGUGUGUUUUCUAUUGCACCCAAAGAACGUCAGACCUCGAAACUGACCUUCGAAUCAACAAACACAUGGACAGGCAUGAGCGACCCUACAAAUGUUCCGAGUCCGGUUGUGAAGAAAGGCAAGGCUUCGCCUCGAGUGGUGACUUCCUGCGCCAUCAAAAAGAAUUACAUGACAAAGGCAGCAAGCUCAGAACCCUUUCAUUUUGUUCAUACAAAGACUACACUCGCAGUUCUUCUAAGCCUUUCUUGA